UAUCGUGUUUGUCAUUACUAAGGUAUGCUAACAAAGUGAGAGUGAGACAAUGUACCUAAUCCUCUUAGACAACUUCAGGUGUUAAGUAUUAUGCUGAUCCAUUGUGAAGACUCGUUCUGUGUCCUACAUAACCGUCUGGUCAUCGAACAUACUUUUUCAUUAUACCUUUGGACAUCUCAACACUGAAGAUUUUGCAAGAAAUAAAUACAAUGGAGGGAUUUUCCAAAUGUUUCAUGACAUGAAUAAUGCCAUUGAGGUUUUGAAAUCCGUUACCCAAUGGUCUCCUGCAAGGGAGCGAGCUCGACUCCGUCAAAGCCUGUUUAUGCUGCAUAACAAUUCCACGUAGCCAUCGGGAACUCAGCUUGGGAGGAAAAAUGCAUUAUACAAGAAGGAAGAGACUGCAGAUGAGCCGGGUCCUGUUUCUCCUCUCGGGAGUGUUCCUCUGCACCCUGUACCAGCUGACCAUCAGUGCCCAGCUGUAUGAGCCUUUUCCACAGCCUCAGGUUGGCGUGAACAUGGAAGGUUCGGCAGAGGGUGUUCAGGAGGCAACAUUAAAGCCAGAGGUGCAGACAAGGCCUCCCACCCCACAUGGGUUAGAGCCCACAGAUGAAACGACAACAGAGAUGGACGUGGCAUCCCAGACACAGAGAGAUAUGGACAUGGACACAUACGUUGUUACCACAGAAACAGCUACGGAGUCAGAAGCAUCCACCCCAACAGAAUCACCUGCUCUGCCAACAACAAACCGGACUAUGGUGAACUGCAUCUAUGUGGCCCCUGAACCUCCAGCAGAGACGCCUCCCCAAGUUCCAGCUCCUGUUACCACAAUUCCUCCAGUUUUGCCUGGAGAAGCUCAUGUAAAGGGUGACUACCCAGAAGACAUCUUCUCAAUUGAAGACCGCAGAAGAGGAUGGGUGAUCCUCCACAUCUUGGGGAUGGUGUACAUGUUUGUGUCUCUUGCAAUCGUCUGUGAUGAGUUCUUUGUGCCUGCACUCGGUGUGAUCACUUACAAAUUAGAAAUCUCUGAUGACGUAGCAGGAGCCACGUUUAUGGCUGCCGGAGGCUCUGCCCCAGAGCUUUUCACCUCUUUGAUAGGGGUCUUCAUCGCACACAGCAACGUGGGUAUCGGCACCAUAGUUGGUUCGGCAGUUUUUAACAUUUUGUUCGUGAUUGGAAUGUGCGCCUUGUUUUCCCGAGAGGUGCUUCACCUCACCUGGUGGCCACUUUUUAGAGAUGUAUCAUUCUACAUACUUGACCUCAUCUUACUGAUAAUUUUCUUCUUGGAUAACGUCAUACUGUGGUGGGAGAGCAUGAUGCUGGUGGCCUGUUACUCUCUCUAUGUGGUAUUUAUGAAGUAUAAUGUACAACUGGAACGGGCUUUCAAGACUCAACUCCACAAACACAAGAUCAUUGUGAAAGUUAUUGCAGUGGAAGAACCAGAAAAGACAAAUGGGAACGUUGAAGAGAAUACCCCUCCUGCUCCAGAGGACAAGAAUCGGUUAAAGUUGAAGCCGUCCCUUCAGCGAGGGGGGAGUUCAGCUUCUUUGCACAACAGCACCAUGAGAAAUACCAUAUUCCAACUGAUGAUUCAUACACUGGAUCCCCUGGGAAACGGAAAAUUUAAGGAAAAGGCUGAGAUUCUGACAAGCGUGGCUAGACGGAAAUCUGAGCCCAAAACUCAGGACAAAGGUGAAGACAAUCAGAAGAAAACAGACCAGACCAAAGAACAAGAGGCUGCUCCAACCACAGACAAAGAGAAGAAGGAGCAGCAAGAUGACAAGAAGGAUGAUGUGCCAGCAGAGCAGAGGGAGUCUGGGGGCUCAGAAGAAUCAGGCAGCGAUGAGGAGGAUGAAGAGGACGACAGCGACGAGUCUAGUGAAGAGGAGGAGGAUGAUGAUGAGAAGGAUGAGGGAGAAGAAGAGGAAAAAGAAGAUGAGCCCCUGUCGUUGCAGUGGCCUGACACGCCUAGUAAACAAGCUACCUACCUCUUCUUGUUGCCCAUUGUCUUCCCUCUGUGGCUAACUGUUCCUGAUGUUCGCAGAGAGAAAUCUAGGAAAUUCUUUGCAAUCACCUUCCUGGGCUCCAUCAUGUGGAUUGCUAUUUUUUCAUACCUUAUGGUGUGGUGGGCUCAUCAGGUUGGAGAGACCAUUGGGAUCUCUGAGGAGAUUAUGGGGCUUACAAUCCUGGCUGCAGGGACAUCCAUCCCUGAUCUCAUUACCAGUGUGAUUGUAGCUCGCAAAGGCCUUGGGGACAUGGCAGUGUCCAGCUCAGUGGGCAGCAACAUCUUUGACAUCACUGUGGGUCUUCCAGUCCCCUGGCUGCUGUACGCGUCCAUCCAUGGUUUUGGUCCAGUGGCUGUUAGCAGCAAUGGACUCUUCUGUGCCAUUGUGCUGCUCUUCAUCAUGCUGCUCUUCGUCAUAAUCUCCAUUGCAGUCUGUAACUGGAGGAUGAAUAAGGUGCUGGGAUUCACUAUGUUUCUCUUGUACUUCUUUUUCCUGGUGGUCAGCGUUUUGCUGGAGGAUCGAGUCAUUAUCUGCCCUGUUUCCAUCUGAAAAAGGAAGCUGAAACCUUCUCUAAAGCAGACUUUUUCUCUGGUUUUGAACUGAAGCAGGACCCCUCAUCUGCAGUAACUUAAGGAUCUCAUGACUGUGGACCUUGAAACAGUGAAAAGUGUAUUGGUACAUGAUUCUCAUUUAAUUCCAAUUUUUGACAUUGAAGUAUUUAAAAAAGUAUUAUAAAGUAUUAAACUUGAACAACCCUACAAAGGCUGCAAUAAUUCACCCUUCCUUCUAAUUUCAGCAGUUUUAAGAGGUGAUUAAAUGUUGACACGUGUUUACAUUU